UAUUCUUCAACCACUCUACCGCUAAGACGUUCGCUGACUUCACCAAAUUUCAACGCAUUAUUGAUUCACCGUAUUCUAAUUUACUGUGAGGAUAGCAGGAGGCAUUUCACUCUCUUGUAUGGAGGAGCUGAAAGUAUCUCGCAAUAUACAGUAUACAUAUAUCUUUUAUAAAGAGAAUAAGACAGUAUCAGUUUUAGGUGAGUAAAGAAUUUUGUAAUUACUUAUACUUUGUUCAGACAGUGGAUCACUAAUCCCCUAAUCCCCAGUAAACCCGGUGAAUGCGGGGUGGCUGAAAACUAGGGAAGAGAUUAGAAUUUACAGGAUUCUAUAAUUUAAUAAUCUGCUAAUUGACUGAUUUGACGAGUGAUAGCUUAUUAAUUUCCCUGAUUUUGUUCAGUUACGAGUUCUUAGUCUAUAACUCGAUAAUUUCUAUAACUCGGUAACAUGGGAUUGUAUCUUCCAUCGGUACUGCAGGUAUACUGUUUUAUCCACUGGCAAUACUCGUGGCUACGUAGUUCUACAUCACGUUAGACCACGUGCGGGCGCCAGUGGGCAAUUGAACCGAAAACGCGGGUGUACAUGGCGCAUGCGCGCAUGUCCGCUACCUCGUUGUUCGCCGAAUUUACUUCCGAGAAUCUUCUCUGGUGAUCAUAUGUAGGUUUCCAUUAGAUUCCAGUCGAGGCGGACGAGAAUAUCGAAAGGGACGUUUAAAGAGAAGAAGGUUGAGGAGAAAACGCGAACGCACUGCCACUAGUCUUGAUUUAUUUUGUGUUUUGUGACCCAUAUUUACCUCAUAGCCGUCCUGUGUUUGUGUAAGAUCCAUAGAUUGCAACAAUGGACCCCAGUCUAGUGGACCGUAUUCUGAACAUGCACAAAUCAUGCGAGCCCUUCAGCAUACCUGUGCCACCUCCCACUGUUCGGAAAAGGGAGAGCAGUGUUGAAUUGUACGAAGACUCGCGUCCUCAAGCUGACGAAUGUAUAGAGUCGGAAACGGACUAUAUAAAGGAGUAUAUACGGAAAGACGACGAGGAAUACAUCAAGAUAAAAAAUAGUAUAUUUCUCGACAACGAUCAUAUGGAUGAAGUGUCGGAAGUAUCUGGAGAGACGAUUGUUCGCAAGGAGAAUACCAUGCGGCUUUACCGGAUGUUCAACUUCGCCUAUCGGCCUAACGUUAAUCUGCCCAUUCUCUCGAUGAAGCACAAAGUCGUGUCCAUGAUCGCGAGCAAUUCCGUCGUCAUCAUUCGCGGUUCCACGGGCUGCGGGAAAACGACACAGGUGCCGCAGCUUAUUCUCGACGCCGAGUUCGAGAAGAAGCAACACUGCAACAUUAUAGUGACGCAGCCGAGGCGCAUCGCCGCUCUGAGCAUCGCGAAACGCGUCAGCGAGGAGAGAGAUUGGCCCGUCGGUACAAUCGUGGGAUAUCAAAUGGGCCUGAUCAGGAACAUAAGCCAGGACACUCGCAUAACGUACUGCACGACCGGCGUGCUCUUGAAUAAGCUCACGAACAAGAAGCAUCUGAUGGACUACACUCACAUUAUACUGGACGAGGUCCACGAGCGCGACGAGGACAUGGACUUCCUUCUGCUCGUAAUCAGAAAAUUGUUGCGUACAAAUUCCACGAUGGUGAAAAUCAUACUGAUGUCCGCGACGAUCGACGUUGAUCGGUUUUCCGCGUAUUUUUCCACGCCCGUGGAAAAUCAACUUCUGCCCGCACCGAUCAUCGAAAUAGUCAAGGGUGGCCUUUACGAUGUCUCUGUAUAUUACUUAAACGAGAUGGACAAUCUGGGUAACAUUCCCGAGGUAGACAGGGAACCGAAAUUCACGCUCGCCAUGGCAGAGUUUUCAGCGCGUAUUAUACAUGUUUUCGACAGUAUUGAUAAGAAGAACAGUGAUACAAGUAAUGAGUACGAGAGGUCCACUGUGUUGAUGUUUUUACCGGGAUAUGGCGAAAUCGAAGAGUUGCGUACCGUGCUCUUGUCGCCAAAGUACGCAGACACGAAUUGGGAUAUAAUUAUUUUGCAUUCGUUGAUCUCGACCGAGGAGCAGGAAAAUAUAUUUAAGAAGCCACCGCCGAAUUCCCGGCGUCUCAUACUGUCGACGAAUAUCGCCGAGAGCAGCAUUACCGUGCCCAACGUUAAAUACGUGAUCGAUUUUUGCCUGACCAAACUUCUCGUCACCGAGCCUGGAACUAAUUACCAGUGCCUGGAGCUUUGUUGGGCGAGUAAAUCACAGUGCCAGCAACGUGCUGGUCGUACGGGCCGCGUGAUGGACGGUAGGGUGUACAGAAUGGUGCCGAGAGAGUUUUACGAGAAGGUUUUGCAAGAAGAGGCUGUUCCGGAGAUGCUCAGAGCUCCGCUCGCAAAUGUAAUUCUCAAAACAAAACUGUUGGGCAUGGGCGAGCCGAAGGCUCUCCUCGCCCUUUCUCUGGACCCGCCCAAUCUCAGCAAUAUACGGAACACUGUAUUGUUAUUGAAGGAAGUCGGCGCGUUGCUCAACAGAAGCGGGCAGGAAUUGGACGGGGACAUGACGCCCUUGGGUCGCGUAAUGGCCAAUUGUCCGUUAGACGUGCGCGUGACGAAGCUGAUUGUUCUAGGUCACCUUUUCGGCGUCCUGUCGGACGCAAUCAUCAUCGCGGCCAGCAUGGCCGUCAAAGACAUAUUCAACAUCGGAUUUUUCGAGUUGGAAUCGACCUAUCACGAGAAACUGCACUGGUCCGCCAAUUCCGACAGCGACUGCAUAGCCUGCUUGAACGCCUUCAAAGUGUGGCGAAACGAUAAGGCGCAUCGCCGUAUAAAUAGUCCUUUCGAGGAGAAGGAGUGGGCGCGACGGAAGAGCCUCCGCGUGCGAUCGCUGCGCGAGAUGGACGCCUUUAUAUUCGAGAUAACGCAGAAGCUGCACGAUUUCGGCAUAACCGAGAUAAUGAGCUCCGAUACGAACACCUGGGAGGCCCUCAACAUCGAUCGUACUUUUGUACUCAAGUUCAUAAUCGCCGGUGCAUUUUAUCCUAAUUAUUUCGUCAAGUUCCCGCAUAAAGUGAAAGAACACGAGCAGGCUAUAGAGAGAACCCUGGCUUCCCGCGACCCGUCGAAUACAAUUUUCCUACACGGCUGGCCGUUAAGGCAACCUGGUUCGCUGUACUCAAAGAAAUUCCAAGAGAUCUUUGGAAAUCGCAUGAAGCUCAAGAACUACGAGAACAUAACUGUGUCCUUCGACGGGUCAAGCCGCGUUUACGUCGAAUACGAGGCGAAGAAUCGCGCGCCGGCCGACAACACUUUCGUUCGAGAUUGCGUCAAGAUGCGGCACUGUCGGAACCCGAUUGAGAUAGACUUGUUGAGCGAGACGGACGCUCGCUGCCAGGCCGAGGACCUCGGGCUCACGAAGGACUACGGCAGAAUUCUGUUUCAGCCUUCCAAUCCGGGGGAACCGCCGUGCAGACGAUACAUGUACGACAAGAAGCCGUAUCCGGAUUUACCGGAGUACUCGGGGUAUCGGUCCAAAGUGAGGCUGCAGGGUCCCUUCUCGCCGAUAGAGAUUCAACUGGCCCAUAUUGUGAUCAAUGGAAUAACGAAGACCGUGAGCGUGGAGAGCACGUCGGUGAAUUCCGUUCUGCUCGACAGCUGCCCGGAUAAUCCGAAUGGACUUUUCCUGGUGGCGCAAAACAUCGUGCGAGAUUCCAAAAAUCCGUCGCACCUAGUUCUACGAAAUACAACCCUCCUGCCUAUCACGCCCGGUCUCACGUCGCUCAUCGCUUUAAUCUUCGCACCGUACAUGGAACUACGCCGUAGCCCGCUGGGCACUUAUUACACGGGCGCUCUGUGUGGACUGGGAUACAACCGUAUCACGGAAAAGAGCUUGUUUCCAGAGCACGAUCUGGAAAUUCUAUUCGACGUCGAGUUCACGAUAAGCGACUUGCGAAUGAUCAACAAGUUGCGCCACUGGAUGAAUCUGGCGAUGAACUUCAAUCACAGAUCUGACAUUGUAGACGACGAGGCUCAUCAUGAGAUGACUGCAAAUUGCCACAGCGUAAUAAGAAAUACGUUCAAGAAUGUGAUAUACAAAACCCGUGAGAAGAUAGAGCCUGUCCCGGUCAGUAAUUUUGACAAGUGGAACCGAUACGACGAGACCCUGUUUCUCGUGCCUGCUCGGGAGACCUCGAGGAAUACUAUUGUAUACAGUUUACACAAGGCGUUGGAAUUGAAUGAGAAGAACGACGAACUGGAAGACAUGAUCAAGCAUCUGCUAGAGUUAGAGACUUUAGCUUAUCAAGACCCGCGUGAGACGAGCAUUGCGUCCGUGUGUUGUAAAUUGUGUCAGACGGAAGUAACGGGUAUCAUCAAUCUUCGUGCGCAUUUGUGUUCGGCGGAGCACGCAGCGAAACAACAAUUGAUUGAUACAACCGCUGAAUUUGGAGAAGCCCUGCAGAGUCUUUUAGAUAAGCUCAGGCUGUAAUCUAAUAAGUAAAUCUGACAGUUGCAUUUGUCUAAUUUUUCUUCUCCGAAAUAUCCGAUAAAAUUUAUCUGACCGCGACUUCGUACAGUUUUACGAAUCGUACCAAAGUGUAUUUUGUGAUAAUUACAAGGUUAUUUGUUUCAUAUCUACGAGUGAAGUAUGUACAAUAUGUAACUAUAUUGUAAGAGGAGAAAUGAUAACUUUUUCUUAUAUUUUUUUAUAAGUAAAAUAUUGUUUUACUGCAA